AAUGAAAGGAAAGUGACCUGCAAACACCCAGUCACUGGCCAGCCGUCUCAGGACAAUUGCAUUUUUGUAGUGAAUGAACAGACUGUUGCAACCAUGACAUCUGAAGAAAAGAAGGAACGACCGAUAAGCAUGGUAAAUGAAGCUUCUAACUACAGCAUGACUUCAGAUUAUGCGGUUCAUCCAAUGAGCCCUGUAGGCAGAACUUCACGGGCUUCAAAAAAAGUUCAUAAUUUUGGAAAGAGGUCAAAUUCCAUUAAAAGGAACCCCAAUGCUCCUGUGGUCAGACGAGGCUGGCUUUAUAAACAGGACAGCACUGGUAUGAAACUGUGGAAGAAGCGCUGGUUCGUGCUUUCUGACCUCUGCCUCUUCUACUACAGAGAUGAGAAGGAGGAGGGGAUCCUGGGGAGCAUCCUGCUGCCGAGUUUUCAGAUAGCCGUGCUUAGCUCAGAGGACCACAUCAACCGCAAGUACGCCUUUAAGGCAGCUCAUCCAAACAUGCGGACUUAUUACUUCUGCACUGACACAGGGCAGGAGAUGGAGCUGUGGAUGAGAGCCAUGCUGGACGCCGCCCUGGUGCACACGGAGCCCGUGAAAAGAAUUACCUUUAAUUUUCGAGUGGACAAGAUUACAUCUGAAAGUGCACCAACGAAAGAAACCAACAACAUUCCCAACCACAGAGUGCUAAUUAAGCCAGAAGUCCAGAACAACCAGAAAAACAAGGAAAUAAGCAAAAUUGAAGACAAAAAGGCCUUAGAGGCUGAAAAAUACGGAUUUCAGAAGGAUGGUCAAGACAGGCCUUUAACAAAAAUUAAUAGUGUAAAGUUGAAUUCUCUGCCAUCUGAAUAUGAUAGUGGGCCGGCGUGCCCAGCCCAGACAGCACACUACAGACCAGUCAACGGGAACAGCUCAGAGAACAAAGCAGGCAGCGUCGGCCUCGCUGAUGUCAGAGGCGGGAGUCACUCAAACACAGGGCCCUUCCACGUGGAGGCAGAGCGGGUCAUUCAGAGAACGAAUUCCAUGCAGCAGCUGGAGCAGUGGAUUAAAAUCCAGAAGGGGCGGGGUCAUGAAGAGGAAACCAGGGGAGUAAUUGCUUACCAAACAUUACCAAGAAAUAUGCCAAGCCACAGAGCCCAGAUGGUGGCCCGCUACCCUGAAGGUUACAGAACACUCCCGAGAAACAGCAAGACCAGGCCUGAAAGCAUCUGUGGGGCCAACCCUUCCAGCCACGACAAGACGGGGGGGCCCGGGCCGGAGGAGAAGCGGCGGUCCAUGAGAGAUGACACCAUGUGGCAGCUGUACGAGUGGCAGCAGCGCCAGUUCUACAACAAACAGAGCACGCUCCCUCGACACAGCCCCAAGGCCAUGGUUAACGUGUCUGAGCAGACGAUGUACCCUAUACCUACAUCCCCGUCCCAUGGGUCCAUGGCUGCCUUCCAGGGAUUCUCCCCUCAGCGAACAUACAGACCAGAAGUAUCCUCGCCAAUUCAGAGAGGGGAUGUGACCAUAGACCGCAGGCACAGGGUGCCCCAGCCUAAGGUAAGCCAUGUCUGCUCGUUUGUUCAACUCGCUACUUGA